UGAUGAUAGUACACUGUCCCCAGUCUCCUUCUCUCCUGUGCCUGCCACUGUUUCCUCAUCCAUCUCUGAUGGUAUUAUACCAAUCGGAAAAUGGGGCUAAUCUGGCCACACAUAGUUCACAUGUGGAAACCUUGGCACUCCAAGCUGCAAGAAAAGAUGUUUCUUGAGGUGUCGUUUGUGUGCAGGAAGCAGUAGCUAAGGGACUUGCAGUGGGGGGAGAGAGAGAGAGAGAGAGAGAGAGAGAGAGGCAGCAAGGAAACAGUGGCAUCUUUAGCACAAAGCUUUGGGCAUGAACACUAGCUGCUGCUGCUGGUUUGUCUCUUUAUCAAACACUCUAUCCUCCCACCCCUCUUUUCCAUCCUCUUCCUCUCCAUUGACCAGCUAGAGUAGCUCUGCUUCUCUGUCUUCUUAUUCAGCUCAACACAUGGUGGUUUCAUGUGCUCCUUUCUGCCUUCCACUUCUUUUCUCAUCUUCAUCAUCACAGUCCUUUCUUGUCAUACUUUUCCUUUAAUCAGACUUUCUUGUCAUGCUGGUUUGCUCACAAGCAUCCCAAACCCUUCUUCUUGAAGCCUGUUGGUGAUCCCGCUGUAAGCAGUGCCAAUGACUUGUGAUCUCGAAGUGGACGUCAAUGGAGAAGAGAUCUUCCUGGUUGACAAGGGAGUGCUUUCAUCCUUCUCCGGCAAACUAAGGGAGUUGACCAGCAAAACGUUGGCCACUUCAGCUACAAGAAACCUCAGAGUGACCCUCCAUGGCUUGCCCGGCGGGGCAGAGGCAUUUGAGUUGAUGACAAGGUUUUGCUACAACAAUGGCAGAACUCAGAUGAGUCCCAGCAACAUCUGUCUUCUGCACUGCAUCGCCCACUUCAUGGAGAUGACCGGCGACCUGCUAAGUCUGACUAAGAAAUCUCUCCAGGGAAUCCCUUACUGGUCAUGGCCUGAGAUCAUGAGCUGCCUGAAACGGUGCCAAGAUCUCAUUCCGGUCGCGUCUUCCUCAGGGAUGUUGGAUAAAGUGAUCUGCUCUCUGGUUGGGAGAAUCACGGCGGUGAGUGACGCCAGUCCCUCAGGCUCCUCCCCUGAAACCUCAGCCUUCCGGUUCUCCUGCGACACCGGAAGCACUACAAGCGCAAAGAACAGCAGCAACCACCGAGGAACUUGGUGGUUCGAUGAACUCGUAGUACUGAAUCUUGACAUGAUCGAGGAGAUCAUAAGGAAGAUGGCUGUUGAGAAGGCGAAUCAUGUUGCCAUCGGUAGGUUCCUCAUGCAUUACCUCAAGAAUGUUGGCGUGCGCAGCGCCGCAGCUGACAAGAAGAAGGCUGCUGAAGUCAUCAUCGACCUGCUCUACUCCCUCGACGGCAGCUCUGUGUCCUCCAAGAGCUUGUUUGGUCUUCUCCGAGUCUCAUAUCCACUGAAGCUUAGCAAAUGCUGCCAAACCAAGUUGGAGAGCAUGAUAGGAAACCAGUUCGAUCAAGCAACACUGGACAAUCUGCUAAUUCCAGCCCCGGCAGGGAUGAACAGCCUCUACGAUGUGAAUAUAAUCCUAAGGUUCCUGAGAUCUUUCCACAGAAGCGGGGGUAGAGAUUCCGCAAACCGAUCGAAGCAAGCUGGAAGCUUAAUGGAUUCAUACUUGGCUGAAGUAGCACCAGAUUCCUCUUUGAAGCCUCUGAAGUUUUUGGCACUGAUCACAGCUCUGCCAGAUGAAGCAAGAGAUUGCCACGAUGCGAUCUACCGAGCCAUCGACUUGUACCUCGAGGUACAGGUUCAUACUCAGAUAUCAGACGAGGAAAAGAUGAAGAUAUGUAGUGCCAUAAACUACGAGAAGCUGUCAUCAGAGUCCUGCAAACACAUCGCGAGGAACACCAAGUUCCCAUCAAGAACAGCAGUCCGAGCUCUCAUCUCUCAGCAAACCAAGCUCAGGAGUCUGCUCAAAGGGACCGACCAAUUGAGGAAGCCUGGACAUGAUCCAGACCGUGAUGAUGAUGAUGAGCAGAUCAUUCUUUACGCGAAGAAGCUCGAUUUGACCAGAGAGCAUGAGAAGCUGAAAUCCCAGUUGCAAGGAAUGCAAUGGAAGGUGAUGGAGCUGGAAAAGAUGUGCCGGAAGAUGCAAAGGCAGAUGUCAAAGGCCAUGAAGACUAGAAUAGCAGGUUCGAGUGGUUCAAGAUCACUUCCCAGGCUUUGCUCAUGAGUUCACACAGAUUCAUAUCCACCUUACAUUACUUUCUGUACAUGCUGCCGCUGGGAGAGGGUUCCAUUAGGAUCUGCGAUAUCUGCUUUUGUUCUUUCCUGCUGGGAAGAAAAGCUGGUGGAGCAGUGCCUUUUACAGAUGAAAAUGAGAGGAUGGAUCUCCUUUGAGCUUUGAGAUGUCUACUUGUACAUUUCAUCACUAUUGUCCAUAUUACUUGCAGCUUUGAUGGAGUCUCAUUGAAAGAUUUGUCUGA